UAAAAUUUCACUGACAUGCUCAUAUGCUUCUUGAAGUUAGAAACUGCAGAGAUCAGAGAGAGAGAGAGCUUUUAUUUUAGUGGCAUAGUCAUAUGUUUCUGUUUCAAAAAGCCAAGAAAAUUAUAAUGAGAGAGAGAGAAGAAUUGCUUUAAACAGAGAGGGUGAUGUGAUGAUUACUAUAUAUAUUCAUGUUUGUGGGUGAAUGGGUAAUGGCUUUUACAGUGGAGAGGUGUGAUGAAGAGAUGGUGUUCUCUGCAGACUCACAAAAGCCAGUUCCUGCACCUUUCUUAACCAAGACUUAUCAGCUUGUUGAUGAUCCUCUCACUGAUCACAUUGUCUCUUGGGGCAAUGAUAAUGCCUCCUUUGUUGUGCGUAGGCCUCCGGAAUUUGCUAGAGAUCUCCUCCCCAACUACUUCAAGCACAACAACUUCUCAAGCUUUGUUAGGCAGCUCAACACUUAUGGAUUUAAGAAAGUAGUUUCAGAUAGAUGGGAGUUUGCAAAUGAGUACUUCAGAAAAGGAGCAAAGCACUUGUUAUCUGAGAUCCACAGGAGAAAAACACCACAGCACCAGCACUUUCCAAUACUAGCUCAUCACAAUUUACAACAAGAAGAAAUUUUUAGGUGGAAUAUUAUUGAUCCUCCAAUAUUUCCAUUAUCUCCAAAACCCACCACAGAUCUCCUAAGAUCUCUCUCUGAAGAUAAUCAGAGACUGAGAAUGAAAAACUACAUGCUUCUAUCAGAACUUUCACGCAUGGCCACCCUCUACAAUGACAUUAUCUACUUCAUCCAAAGCCAUGUGAAGCCUGCACCAUUAGUGCCCAAUGAGCAAAAAGGUUAUUGUUCAACAGCUCCUAAGAUUGUAGAAUGGGAUUCUUCAUGUCAAGAUCAGCAAAUAAUGGGUAAGUCUUCACUGACUUUUACUGGGGAAUCAAAUCAUAGACAAGUGAAGCUUUUUGGAGUCCACAUCAGUAGUGGCAAGAAGAGGCUGCUCUCAGAACUGCGAUGAUAGAUCAACAAGAAUUAUUCUAGUUGUAGGCUAGCUCCAAGUUGUUUUGGGUAUGAUUUUGUCACAGUAGAUUAGCUUUGUAAAUAAGUGGCUCAUAAAUUAAAUUCUUGACAAAAAUUUUCUGCAGAAGUCUCGAACUAAAAUUAACAAAAAGGGAUCCUAUAAAAGGAAAAGGGAAAUUGGGAGUCACAGAAAAUUUGUAAG